AUGAUAUUGAAAGAUGAACAAUAUAGAUUAGUGGAGGAACCACUUUCAAUUAUUUCCCCUACGACGACAAUUAAUUCAUUAUCAACAAAGAAUAAAAAUCCUGUGAUAUUGGAAGAUGAACAAUAUAGAUUAAUGGAGGAGCCACUUUCAAUGAUUUCCCCUACGACAACAGCAAGAACAUCUCCAGCACCGCAAAGUUCACGUGCACCAUCUCGUGCCAACUCAAGAUCAAGAUCUUCAUCAUUGGCACCAUCAAGACCAGCAUCACGAGCCAGUACACUUGGACCAAAUCGAUUAACAACAGCAGAAUUACUUGCAAGGCCAGGUUCACCAAAUGACGAUGUACACCAACUAAAAGAAUUAGCACAACGUAAAAAUCUAAUAUAUAUCGGGAUUCCGGCGAUUGUGGAUGUCCCGUCGACGCGAUUAAAAGAGACAACACGUGGCGUAUUUCAUAUUUAUAAUCCAACUCAAAAUUCAAUCUCGUGGAGCCUGACGCCCAAAUCCGCAGUAUAUUAUAAACGAGUGGAGUCUAAAUCGAAUACACUAGGACAAAAAGUUAAUGAUGAGGUGUUUAUAGUGAUGAAACAACGUGGAUUCCUAAAAUCUGGCCAAUCAGAACGUGUUUAUAUAAAUUACACUCCAUUGGCUGUUGGAAUUUACACUCAGAAAUUUGCAUUGGGUGAAUCAGAGACAGCCGAUAUUGGUGAAGGUGAAACGGUAGAAUUACAAAUCGAAGGAGCUGGAUGGCCAGCUGCAACUCAACGUAAAGACUCGAUAAAGAAAGAAAUUAAGUUUGAGGUAUCCGAAAAAGAAAUACGAAUUCCAAUGACAAGGAUUGGAAAACAACGAACAUUAGGAAUUAAAAUUGAGAAUCCAACAAAAGAAACGAUACGACUUAAAUGUAAAUGUGAAGUCAUAGGAGCGACAUUACUCGGACCACCUGUUCUAUCAAUUCCGCUGUCAAGUUUAACUAUUAAAUCAGGUGCAACGGUCACACUGCCAAUCUGUUUUCAUCCACGGAAACGAGGAACUAUCAAAGGAUUGGUCACGGUGAGUUCACCAUUGAGUAAGACAGAAGUAAAAGUUGAUGUGACAGCGCAGGCUGUUAGUGCGAAUUAUCGAGAUGGAGCUGGGACUGGAUCAAUUGGAUCUGGUAUUGAAUUAACGAGAUCAAUGUCAUCGAUGAGUGGAUAUUCAGUCGCACCAAGUGAAGCUGGAGGAAGUAGUGUUUAUGGUGAAGAAAGUGGUAUUAAGGGUGAUGAGAUUCUCAAUGCAAUGAUGAAAUCAAUACAUGAAUUAUCAGAAAGUGAUAGCAAUAACUCGGAACAAUCAAGUAGUUUAAUUGGUGAUGUUGAAAAAAUAGAAGAUAAAGAGAAAUUGGGGGAAAGUAGUAAUACAAAUUCUGAAUCGGUAGAGAAUACAACGAUUGAUACUACAAUAACAUCAGAAACAUCGACUACUAAUGUUCUAGAAGAUGACCCUUCAUCGAAUGGAUCAACUGAUACUACUAGAGUGGAAGAAUCCACGAAUUCAUCAUAG